AUGAUUCAAUGGGGGUCGUUCCUCGGGACCCUCAUUUCCGACUUGCACCAAGCACCAGCCAAUGAAACGACAGCGUUGCGAGAUCUGGUUGGUAACGUCACGGGCCGACUUUCAAUCGACGAAAAGCUGAGAAUGGAUGUUGAUGAGUUUGUCAACAUUGACAACGAAACAGAGACAUUUGCUAAUAUCAGCGACGAGCAGAUUCUUGAAAGUGUUAAACAGAUUCACGACGAAACGACUGAUGACCAGGAAGAAGAAGAGGUAUCUGUCCAUGAUACUCGACAUACUGGACACAGAAGAGGAAAUGUAGGAUACCACCCACAGCCAGGUGCCAGUAUUGCAGACUGGUGUUCAUGCAACAACUGCAGAGAGAUGCCAACUCCUGCAGAACGGCUGUGUUGUAGGAAGAACCCACAGAACUGUCUCACGUUAUUACCAGAUUUUAUUGUCCUGAUACUGGAUGAGGCUGUCCUGUCACUGGCCAGGUUGUACCGGCAAGAUAAGUUUGCCCUCCAAUUUAUUCUCUGGCAGCAUGGUCGACUGGGUGUUGGAGAUCGAAGGGUCAUUCCAUCGUGCAGUGUGUGGAAGAUCAGAGACAAAUUUCCAGAUCCAUUCGGACAGUACACCGGAUUCAAGCCAUCUAUACUUACUUGA